AUGGCGUAUACAGUGGAGCCUGAAGAUGGCGAUAUUCUCACGCUGCAGGAUAUGUUCAACAUUCCACGCGCCGAAGCAGUUAGUCGUUUGAAGGCAAACAAGAAUGAUCUUGGGGCCGCGAUCAACGAAAAGUUGGACGAUCCCGCAAGCACCAAGUACAAGUGGGAUGAAUCGGCUUUCGACACAGAUCGUGAAGGGGGGUGGAACAACGGAGGCCAUGGAUGGUCCUUUAAUAUUCAAAGCGCCGACGAAGUCCCCGUCGUAAGCCAUGUUAACAACGCGGCCCCCACACGGCCUCCCUCACGAACGAAUAAUCGAUCACCGUUGGGUCCCUCGAAUGCCACCCAGGAGGAUGCUGACCUUGCCCGAGCGAUCGCUGAGUCCGCUGCCGAGUCCGGUGUAGUGCCCCAAGAGGCCGGCGUUAUCAACAACGAGACGAGCUCCAAAUAUUUUGGUCCCGCGAAUCGCUCUGAGUAUGAAUCUGAGAAAUGGGCGAUGAUACCGACAAAAGCAACGGCGGAGACUGAUGCAACCGAUCCACCACCCUCGAAUCGAAGAAGAGAUGCAGAUGCACCAGCUUUUCUGCGACAAACUAAGCUACAUAGAUUAGGAGCGAUUCUUUCAAUUUAUAACCAGAUACCUCUUGCCAGGAAUUUUCUUCUGAGCUGCGGUGUGCCAACAUCUGUGUACGGCCAGGGUGCUGAAUGGUGGAAAGGCAAGCCAAUCUUGAGGCAAAUUGUACUCGGGAAGUUGGCAAGGGGGGAGGAAGUCUGGGGUGAAGACGCACAUCCGGAUUUCGUCGAAGAGCUGCAUCGCCUGCUGGCCUUUUUAGACAGUUCGGAAAGAAGUUAUGCGAGCGCUGACAGCCUUGCAGAGACGAAAGCCAUUGACCCGACUUUUGGCUCGUGGAUGCCAGAUGUUGAAGACAAGCUUUUUCAAGCAUUGCAAGAAACAAGCAUUGCUAAUCCUAACUGUGGUAUUGAGGAGAUGACCACGACUGGUAUGAUAAUGCCUGUAAUACCACCGUCAGAUAAUGAUCCCGAAUGGAGCGGGCAGGACGAGGAAGAAGAUACCACUACUUCCUUUAUCUUCCUAGACCUCGCGCUAGACUUCGAGAGCUAUUCGCGUGUAGAUACCAUGUAUGAUGCACUGGAUCAUCUCUUGUGGUCCAGUGCUUUGUCCUUGGACUACAGUUUCCCCCAUAACGCUAAGACCGCAGUUUUGUUGAAGCCUGGUGAGGUUCUUACCAUUCGAUUUGGAGGUUCGGGCUUUUCAAAGCCUUGUGAGAUACCAGCAAUUUUCUAUGCCGACCGGUACAUGAAUGACCGCAAGGACCUUGCCAUACACUUUCAGACCCAAAUCCGUCAGAUUAGAAGCGCGCUCGAGAAAUUAGCUUGGAAGGAAGAGGAACUUGUCGCUUGCACAGGCGAACUCUGUUGUUUCAAUCUGCAGGGAUUUCGAGACAAGCACGAUAUUCGUCAGUGCUGUGCUAGACUAAUGAAAUUUGCUGAGCAGCUGCUCGAGCGACACAGUAAAGAUGUACAAUGGCGUCAAUUUGAAGAUCAAUGGAAGCGGGGCUCGCCGUACAGCAUGGACGACCUCCGCCUCAUACAUACAUGGUCUGGACCCUCCAUCUAUACCGACAAAGAAUUGUCUGAACAAGAAAAAUGGAAACACAUCAUACAAGCCUGUAGGGACAAAAUCGAAGAAGCCGAGCGGACAGUGACUGGAUGUCAGCGUAAAAAGCAGGAGUUAAAUCACUAUCUAGACAUAGUCCGCAAGCGACUUACGUGCCAAGAACAUGAAGCAGACAAUGACCUUUUCGUAUUUCGCUCACAAGACGCUUACCGCCCUGAGUUCUGGAAUCCAACUAUCAAAUACCUUCUGCGUGGUGUGGCUACUACUACUGACGUGGCUUACGUUUGCGUCCGAGAAGACAGCCAGCUCAAUCUUUUCUCUGAAGCCACGCCAUCGGCGAAAGACCAGUGGUGGAAGGUUGGAUACGUUGCGAGCGACGCAUCGCCCAUCAAGUGCGAGAAAGUGACGCCUGACGAUGUCCUGCAAGCCGCGGGAACCGAGUCAAAAAAUCCCAUUCUCGUGUAUGCUUCAGAAGUAGCGUUGAAUCGGGAGAGAAUCCCUCUUUCGGAUGCUCUUCGUACCUUUAUCAAGCAUGACAAUCGCCUCUUUCAGCAGGAGCUUGCGCAGGAAGCAAGUUUGCGCGAGGUGAAGAGUCAGAAUCAAGAGAUGCAAAUGCAAAAUCAAUCACAAGCAGGCGUAACUGCCGCAGCGUUGUCCCAGCUUCCCUCUGAAGUUGGAACUGGCGGUAAAAGAAAAUAUAGUGUCGGCUCGUCUGUUGCUACCAACGGCAGUAUUCGAAGUGAUCUAGCUGAGGUUGAGUUUGCAUUUGACGAUAGCCUACCAGCUCUCAACAACACAACUGAACCCACGCAUCAACAUAUUGAUUCCGAGCGCACCAACUCUAGCAAUGUAGUUGAAUCACAUGUUGAGAAGUGUGAGACUCACGAACAGGUGGUAACAAAGCAUACGAAAAAGGAGGAAGAAGGCGGCUCUGGAGUUCAUCACUGUGAUAGCGCUAUUAUUCCAGACGUGGAGAACACCUUUAGUCAUAAGGCACCAGAAAUGAGCGAACGUAAAGGUGGCAGGAUAUCAUUCUUGGCUCAGGCAGAUCAUCCAGCGCAAAAUUCCGUCGACCUCAUGGACUUGGAUGCGGAACCCGAAUUCAGAGGUGGUUAG